AUGGCAUUAUAUUACAACUUGGUGUUUGGCCUCUUGGUCAUCGAAAUGGCCUUCUUCGGCAUCCUUUCCUUGCCCUACCCCAGAAAGAUAAGAAGAACAAUCUUGACAACAGUGUCCGCGCCGUUUAAAAACGAGCAGUUUCAAAUCGCAUUGAAGUGCAUAUUGGGCUUUGUCUUUGUCUUAUUCAUUGACUCCGUCAACCGAGUCUACGCCGUGACGUCCGAGUUGCACUCGAGCACCACGGCUCAUCCGGGUUCUUCGGUGAUGAAUGAUCGUUCCGAGAUCCAAGCGCGCAGGUUCUACGCGCAGAGAAACAUGUACCUUUGCGGCUUCACGUUGUUCUUGACUUUGAUCUUGACAAGAACUUACAAUUUGGUGGUUGAGUUGAUUACUACGAAGGAUAAGGUUGACGAGUUGCAAAAGGGGCAAAAGUUGGAGCUGCACACGAGCGGCGAUGUUGAGAGUGAAGAUAUCACGCAGUUGAAGAACAAGUUGGCGGAAAAGGACGCCGAGUUGGAGAUCUUGAAGGGCCAGGCUAGGAGCUUGGACAAGGAUUACGAUGAUGUUACUGAUGUCAAGAAAACUGCGCCACUCGCUACGGGUGGUGUGGUUGAGGAAGAGGUUAGCGAGUUGCGGAACAGAAUAUAA